CCGGCCAUGGCGUGCGCCUUCCGCAGGUCGAUCGCCGCUCAGCUUUCCAGAGUAUUGGAUCUUCCUCCAGAAAACUUGAUUAAGUCGAUCGCUGCAGUUCCAAUUUCCAAAAAAGAAGAAAUAGCUGAUUUUCAACUUUCUGUGGAUUCUUUAUUGGGAAACAACAGGGACCAUUUGAGACCAGAUGUUCAAGAUCAAGCCAGGAGACUGGCAGAGAAGCUAAAAUGUGAUACAGUGGUGAGUGAAAUCAGCACUGGUCAAGGGACUGUGAAUUUCAAAAUAAACAGAGCACUAUUAACAAAGACAGUGUUACACCAGGUAAUUGAAGAUGGCGCAAAGUAUGGAUUAAAAAGUGAGCUCUUCUCCGAUAUUCCCCAGAAGAAGGUUGUGGUUGAAUUCAGUUCUCCUAAUGUUGCCAAAAAGUUUCAUGUUGGACAUUUGCGGUCUACCAUCAUAGGAAAUUUUAUAGCAAAUCUCAAAGAAGCUGUAGGACAUAAAGUAACAAGAAUAAAUUACCUUGGAGAUUGGGGCAUGCAGUUUGGUCUUCUUGGAACUGGCUUCCAACUGUUUGGUUACGAAGAAAAACUUCAGUCCAAUCCUUUACAGCAUCUUUUUGAAGUUUAUGUGCAAGUUAAUAAAGAAGCAGCAGAUGAUGAAACUGUAGCAAAAUCAGCACAUGAAUUCUUCCAGCGAUUGGAGCUGGGAGAUGUGCAGGCACUCGCUCUGUGGCGGAAAUUCCGAGACUUGAGCAUCGAGGAGUACAUUCGGAUUUACAAGCGUCUUGGAGUACAAUUUGAUGAAUACUCAGGAGAAUCGUUUUAUCGAGAAAAAUCUCAAGAAGUCUUAAAAUUGCUGGGCAGUAAAGGACUUCUACAGAAAACUGUAAAAGGAACAGCUGUAGUGGAUCUCUCUGGGAAGGGGGACCCCUCGUCCGUCUGCACCGUAAUGCGAAGUGAUGGGACUUCUCUUUACGCCACCAGAGAUCUCGCAGCUGCGAUAGAUCGAAUGGACAAGUAUAAUUUUGAUACCAUGAUUUAUGUGACAGAUAAAGGACAAAAGAAGCAUUUUCAGCAGGUGUUCCAGAUGCUGAAGCUCCUGGGAUAUGAUUGGGCAGAAAGGUGCCAGCAUGUGCCCUUUGGAGUAGUGCAGGGAAUGAAGACUCGGAGAGGAGAUGUUACUUUUCUGGAAGACGUGCUAAAUGAGAUUCGAUUACGGAUGCUUCAGAACAUGGCUGCCAUUAAGACAACGAAAGGACUGGCGAACCCGGCAGAGACUGCAGAGAGGGUGGGACUGGCAGCACUCAUCGUUCAGGACUUCAAAGGCUUGCUCUUAUCCGACUAUCAGUUCAACUGGGACCGUGUUUUCCAGAGUCGAGGGGACACAGGAGUCUUCCUCCAGUACACACACGCCCGUCUGCACAGUUUGGAAGAGACAUUUGGCUGUGGCUAUCUGAAUGACGUCAACAUUGCUUGUUUACCAGAGUCCCAAUCUGUAUCCAUUCUCCAACAUCUUCUCAGGUUCGAUGAGGUGCUCUACAGAUCUUCUCAGGACUGUCAGCCCAGGCACAUUGUCAGUUACCUGCUAACUCUAAGUCAUCUUGCAGCCGUGGCACAUAAAACACUGCAGAUCAAAGACAGUCCUCCUGAAGUGGCUGCGGCCAGACUUCAUCUUUUCAGAGCUGUCCGUUCUGUCCUAGCCAAUGGAAUGAAGCUUCUUGGAAUAACACCUGUAUCUCGGAUGUAAUUUUGAAUUAUAAUGGCUUUUAAAAUGCCAACAGAAUCCUAGUUAUCUAGUCUCAGAUGCCUUGCUGUUUAAAAUAGGUUUUAAAUUAUUAUUCUGUGUCAGAAUCUGUAUUUUAUGAAAUCAAAAUAAUUAUCAACUUAAGUAUUUUACCCUUUAAAAUAAACCCGAGAACCCACAUGAUCAAUAAAAACCAAAUCAGUUGCUGUCAGUUCCAUCUCAUGGCAACCCUGUUUGUGCAGAGUAGAACUGCCCCAUUUUUACAAGGCUAAGGUCUUUCAAAAACAGAUUGCCAGUCUUCUUCUAAGGCACCAUUGGUGGUUUCAAACUGCCACCCUUUGGUUAGUAGUUGCCUGCUUAAACAUUUGUCUCACAUGGGGACCCAGAUCAGUGAGAGUCUCAUCAGCAUUUGUCAAGUGAUAUGACACAACGGCAGAAGUUGUGAGAACCUCAUCUUUCCAAAACCAGCUCCUGCAAAGGAUGGAGCAUGAAUUUCUGCAACUGACGGCCCCAUACCCCAACUGCUGUCCUUCCUACAAAUUCCUUUGUUAAAGGGAGUCAGAGUUGGUUUUGCAACCAAAGAACCCUAACAGAUACAGUCCAGGGUACAGAAAAUAAAAAAUUAAUGUUUGGGUUUUUCGAUUUGCUUUUACAUUACCUUAAUGGUCAUGCCUAUAAUACAAAAAAUUGAUAAAGUAGAAUUCUUAUAAAUAAAUAAAGUUUAUUGCUGAAUUUCCCCCAUUUACAUUAUAGAAAUCUCUUUAAAAACACUGAAAUUUCACAAAUUACUGACCGCCCAACAGUUUAACAUACUUUAUAAAAAAAGUACAAAAGUGACAUUAGAAAUUGUUUUGAAGAAAAGUGUAUUGUCUAAGAGCAAAGAAAUAAGAAUCCAGACAAUGAAUGGCACAAAUACAGCACUAAAGGAGGACUCAGUCACCACCCAGAAAUCACUGUCUGAGUCACGUUACUGGUUCAUUUUGAGAAAAAGUUGACACAUUCAAUGUGUUCUGAACUAGCCGGUCUUGUCUCUGUCUCUUUGUAAGAGAAGAGCUGGCUUAGCCUUUACUGCUGCUGGGACAAAAUAUGUCCGUGAGUGGAGAAGAGCGAGGGAUCGUCCCCCUCCCCUGGUACCUGAACAACAGAACAGUUAGUACAGAAAUGGCUUUGGCACUUCAAAUCUUAAAUAUAGUUCCAGACCACUUGUAGCUUCACAUGAUUCUUUAACACCACGUUUCCAUAUUAUUAUGUACAUUAUAUAUACAAUCAUAACACUCCACUGUAAAACAAAACAAUUUGACCCAAACCACAUUAACAAGUAGCUCAGGUGGCUUGCUUCUUAUACCACACACUACUUUUUUGCUGCUGUUUUCACUUAUUUAAGGAACCCUCUGGGAUUGGCUUAAGGCUCUAGCUUAAUGCAAAUGUUUUAGUCUUAACAGGAAUGACUCUCGAAGACAUCACACACCACUGACUCUCUCUUUUGAAGUUGCUUCUCCUUCUUGGAGGGAUGUAGUGUCUUGCCGGGGUAGUCCAUAAAGAUAAAUAGAUACACACACAAGAAGGGUUCCCAGAGCAAAGGUGAUUGCUAAGGGGGAAAAAAAAAAAAGCUUAAUCUGUGUUUGUCUCUCUACAACAGGUAACAAUGAUCAAUUCAACAUUUAAAAAAUUAUUGUGGGCUUAUAUGAUGGCAAGUUUAGAAAUGUCAUCAUUUCUAGCAAAUUUUUUUUUAAGGUAAAAUCAAGGGAAUGACAAUCAGUGACUACACAUCCCUCAGGAACAAUAAUAUACCUGUCUGUCCUUGAACACUCUGACACAACAUACCAAUGUCCCUUUUUGCUGGUUUUGAAAGUGGGGGCAGGGGAAGGGGUGACUUUACAAUGUUAUUAGAAACCUGUGAACGUGUAGAGUCUUAAGAUAGUUGAGCAGAAUUCGUACUUGGGUGACCAGAUUCAAACCACUGACUGUUACUGAAUGGGAAAUGAGGAAGUGAUGCCCUGCUAGCUCUGCCUCUUUGUAUCUUAAUUCUGAAAACCAGGACACAGAAACUAAAUCACAACUGGUUCAAACUUGACAAAAGUAAUAUGUAAAUAAAUGCUUUUAUCAAAA